UAAAAAUCUUAGGUUAGAACACUGGUAUUUUGAAAUGUGCUCUUAAUAACACAGUGUCAAUCAACACUACUUUAACAAGAUUUAAAAGGUGGCCACAAUGUCGACUUUAGAAUAUUCGAAAACACUUGUUUCACAGGGAAGAUCUUCGUGGAAAAACGUCCACAACUGUAAACUGUGCCCCUAUUUUACAACAUCACUUUUGUGUAUGGUGAACCACGUGCGACGACAUCGCUCAUCUCUGAAAAAAUUUGAAUGCUCUGAAGUUAAAAUCGAAGCGUAUUAUUGUAAAGACUGCGAUUUUAAAACGGAUUUAACGAUUCUGUUCAAACAACACAUUAACAAACAUCAUGGCCUUAAGAGUGAAUUUAGAGAGGAUUUAUCAAGUGAGGACUUUAGCAUACGAAACUACAUUUGCGAAAAAUGCGCCUUCGAAACAAAUUCCUUGAUAAAUUGGCUUCAACACACUUCAGCAUGCACAGAAAGGAAAGAAAAUAUUGAAUGGCUCCAGUGCGAAAAAUGUCCUUUCAAAACUGAAUUCAAAAGAAGUUUAAAAAACCACAUGUAUUACGUACACGCUGAAGACGUUAAAUGGUUCGAAUGCAAGGAGUGUCCAUUCAAAUCUAAGUAUAAGGAAUCUUUAAAGAGACACAAAAUUGAUAAACAUCUAGACGAAGAAAAAAUUAACUGGCACGAAUGUGAAAGUUGCCCGUUCAAAGCUAAACAGCUAUCGACUUUAAAACAACACGUAAUUUGGCGACAUUUGGACGAAGAAGACGUUAAAUGGUACGAAUGUGCCAGCUGUUCGUAUAAAUCUAAAAGAAAAGAUCAAUUAAAAAGACAUGUAACUGUCUACCACUUGGAUGUCAAAUCAUUCCAGUGCAUACAUUGCCCCUAUAAAGCUAAAUUUGAAAGUUAUUUAAAAAGACAUAUAAUCAACUGCCACUCAUCUCAAACGGAUUUAAAUUGGUUCAAAUGCGAACACUGUCCUCAUAAAAACAGACGUGAGGCAGGUUUACGAAUCCACGUAAACCGUGUCCAUUUAAGAAAACGAGACAUCGAAUGUGAAUAUUGUGCAUUUAAAACCAAAACUAAACAUAACUUAAAAACACACACAAAUUUAUUUCAUUCCAAAGACGUUAAAUGGUACGAAUGCGAAAAGUGCCCCUUCAAAACCAAGUUUAAAAAAUCGAUAAAGGAGCACGCAAUCGCUAGACAUAUGAACGAAGAAGAAAUUACGUGGUACGAAUGUGAAAACUGCCCGUUCAAAACCAAGUGGUCAGACGGUUUGAAAAGGCACAUGAUUUCUCGACAUUUAGGCAAUCAAGAAAUGAAGUGGUACGAAUGCCAAGAGUGUCACUUCAGAACUAAGUUUAGUUUCUCUUUAAAGAGGCACGUAAAUACUAAUCAUUCGGAAAAAUCGAAUUGGUAUGAAUGUGCUAAUUGUUCGUAUAAAAGUAAGAAGAAAACUAAUUUGGACGCGCAUGUAAAGGUCCAUUUAGAGAGCUGGCCGUAUCAGUGUGAAUAUUGUCCAUAUAAGGCGAAACAGAACGCGUACUUAAAGCGGCAUUUAAACAGGCUGCACUUGGUUGGAACGGACGUCAAGUGGUACAAAUGCGAUCAGUGUUCUUGCAAGUUUAAAGAUGGAUCGACUUUGUAUAAGCACAAAAAAGUGCACGUGUAAGAUUUAAUUUGAAAGUAUUGGUUCCCCUAGUAUUUUGGUCAAAUGCAAAAGUUGUAGAGAAUA